AUGGCGCCAUCCCAAUCAGUUCAAGUCUUCGGAAAGAAGAAAACCGCCACAGCAGUGGCCUUUGCCAAGCAAGGUCGGGGUUUGAUCAAGGUUAAUGGGCAGCCCAUUGAGAAUGUGGAACCAGAGGCUCUUCGCCUGAAGGUCUUUGAGCCUGUCCUUGUGGUCGGACAAGACAAGUUCUCCAACCUCGAUAUUCGCAUCCGCGUCAAGGGUGGAGGUAUCACUGCACAGAUCUACGCCAUCCGAGCGGCUAUUGCCAAGUCCAUUGUUGCCUACCAUGCUAAAUACGUCGACGAGAGCUCAAAGAACGAGCUUCGAAAGACCCUCAUCGAAUACGACCGAAACCUGUUGGUUUCUGACCCACGUCGCUGUGAACCCAAGAAAUAUGGUGGUCGCAGUGCCCGUGCCAGGUUCCAAAAAUCUUAUCGUUAG